GAAUCACAUGGUAUUUGAGGGUAUUUAAACCCGCAGGGACAAAGGCUCCACUACUUGGCACUGAAGUUACACAAAGCUCUUUGUGCUUAUACAAGAUUAUAACUUUAUCAGGAUAUUUAUUAUUCAACAUUUUAAUACAGUCAACAGCUACCAGUGAAACCGGAAAAAAAAAUCAUGAAUUACAUGAACUGUGUUUAAAUUCAACAAUAUUGUUUUAAUCAAUAAUUGACAAAGAGGCACAAAAAACAUGACAAAAGAUCAAUUAGAAAGUACAUCAACUGUAGCAGAAACAGACAAAACAACAAAAGAUGAUAUGCUGUUUCUCUGACACACAGUUAAAUAAUGUAUGGAACUUAUUGUUUCUAUGAGUAAAUAAACAAUGAAAGCAGGAGGGAUAGGGCGACAUUAACAUUGAUCCAAGUUAGACACUUACUGCGGUCUUAUCAUGAAUAAUAUAUGAACUGCUUGGAAAUCUAUUCUACAAAAUCAGUGAUUAAAUUCUACACACAACUUGCACAUUUCAUAGAUAUGUAAGUAUGCAACCAAUACUUGAUUAAUACGUUAUCAAACAGACAUUAAUAAUGUGGAUCUAGAAGGAAACAGUAGUAAAGUUUAAUCAAUAUCAAUACAUUAAAAGGAUUUUAAUCGCAAGGACUAUGUAAACAGUGCUUCAACAAUAAGUAUUCUUCAAACUGAAACAAAUGUUUAUACAAACAUCUAACUAACAAUUUACAUAUCUCACCUGGAACAUAAAUUAUAUAAAGUGCAAUGUGAAGGAAUAUGUAAGAGACAGAAACACUGAGAAAGGAGACUGCAAUUGAGUCAUGAAUAAUGUGCAAGUAUCAAACAUUAAGAAACAUCUAAUAAAAUCAAAUAAAUCAUUCUAUACUGCACGAGGUUACUGAUUAGCAAGUUAAGUGAAUAACCUGAAUAACCUGAUAACAUUAUUUGUAGAGAAAAAAUGGCUUUCAACAUUAAAUCAUACAAAGACUACCACAGACGUCUGCUAUUCAUACAAUCUGACAGACCAAAAUACUUCCGAGAAGUUGCGCGUGCAGUAAGUCUUGGCGAAGUUGACAAAGUAAAAAUCUUACUAGAUAUACUGAAGAAAGAAGGACAAACAAAGGCACUUGCUUCAUAUAAAGGUAGCGAUGGUGAAUCUAUGCUACAUCUGGCAGCCAUGUUUAAUCAGUCUAGUGAAAUUAUACAAACUUUGAUGAAAAUCUGCCCUGAAUUGUUGACCGCUGCCAGGAAAGAAUCGCAAGAUUACUAUGGUCAAACAGCUCUACAUAUUGCUAUAGCCAAAGGUAAUGUAGAUGCAGUUGAGGACAUGCUCUCAGAGAUUUUAAACCUCAGUCAAAAUCUGAAAAAUGCACUCUUACAUACAAUGGCAACUGGCCAGAAGUUUGCAAACACGGUGAUGAUGGGUGAGCUCCCUUUAUCUGUGGCAGCCUUGACCUUCAACUUUGAAAUGAUUAAUGUCCUUAUGUAUAAUGGUGCAGAGAUGGAAAGAAGGAAUACCAAAGGCGACACCGUAUUUCACUCACUGAUCAGAUUUGCAGCCAUUUACCCUGAACUCACACCAAGUGUUCUCGCAACGAUGGAGUUUCUACAUGAGAAGAUCAAAGAAAAACUUGACAUACCAAGCAACAUGAACAUGGAAUUUGACCAUAGCGACUACUCAUUUAUUUGGUUUGUACCAAAUAAUGAAGAUCUAAAUCCUCUACAAUUAUCAGCAGCACUUUCACAGUCGGCCAUUUUCCAGUAUAUUCUCCAACUCCCAAAAGUGUACUGCUUUCUGAACAGCCAUGAUGGUCUGUUUGAUAGAAAAUCUUACGAUAUUACUGAAAUAGACACCAUCUCUACCGAAAAAUGGGCCUAUGAUCAAAAGAUGCGCCGCAGUCGGCUUAAACGACAUGUGGCUCCGACAGCUGCAGAGGGCGUAUCACAAAAGAAGUUCUCCAAUCAAACUUCCCUAUCAUGUGGUGCUCAAUUCAAACUAAAACGUGAAAAACGAAAAUCCAUUAUGGAGACGAUGUUUGAUAUUAAACCCUCUUCCGCUUUUGAAUUCAUUCAACAGCCAACUGUGCGUCAUGUGAUCAAAACAAAAUGGCAUCACUACAGAUGGCUUUACUAUGCUUGGGCAAUAUUUCACCUUCUCUUUAUGGUGACACUGACAGUAUUUUCUGUGUACAAAGCCGAGGAUUACAAGACAACAUUCAGCGAUAAUGUCUCCAUGACAACGACUUCUACGUCUGCUAAAAUGGAAGAAAUGAGAGUUGACUUUCUCGAAGCCUUUCAGGUUAUUUAUCUUAUACUUGGGGUUUUGUAUCUCUUCAUGCAGCUGAUACACCUUUGCUUCAGGGUAAAAACAUUUGACAUAAAACAGUUAACAAAUGUGCUCCAUAACGGUAUCUACAGAAUUGUUCUCGCCAUAUUUGCAGUUAGUCUUAUUCUAGAAUUUACUCUUUCCAAGGCAUUGGACAGAUACGAAAAUUAUACCUUGAUAAUUGCCCUUAUUACAGGAUGGUGGUUCUCUGUAUUUUUCUUGAGAGCGUGGAAAAAGUUUAGCUUCUUUACUGUGAUGAUACAGAAGAUAAUAUUUGGAGACUUGCUGAGAUUUUCUAUCAUUAUUGUGCUCAUGCUGAUUGCCUUCACUGCAGCCGUAUUUAUGACGUUUAAAGGCUCAGCCACCACUGAUGACAACCUGCUCUCCUUUGGACACACCAUGAUGCUUCUGUUUAAGCUCAUGCUUGGACUGGGUGAUAUUGAGACAUUAUACGAGGCACGUCGGCCAUGGAUGGCUGUCACACUCUUUAUUGUUUUUGUACUGCUGACGUAUGUACUUAUGUUCAAUGCCCUAAUCGCUAUGAUGUCACAGACAUGUGCUUUUGUUUCUGACAACAGACUAGUCCAGUGGCGGGUACAACAACUCUCGGUCAUUAUGUUCUUCGAAGGAAUCCUUUUUGGCUGCUUUACAAAAUUGGUAGGAGAUGAAAAACAUGUGAAACGAUUUGAUAGCAAUCUGCAGCAAGUUGUACAAGAGAAACGUUACUUCCUCGACAUGAAUUCUUUACAAACACAGUAUGCUAAUGCUGAGGACAUUUACUCAAUGAAACACAAGUUACAGACUCUUCCUUUUGGAGGUCAAAAAUCGGAAUUUUAUCCCAGCUUUAACCUUACAAUUCCAACUCCUCAUUUAAUGACGAGUCCACAUCAUUACACACCAGCCCCAAUAAAGUCUCCAACUAGUGCUCAAGGAUACCGCGACAACUUUUUCCGCCCAAAUACAUCUAUUCAGAUUACACCAGCCUCUGACAGAGACAAGCCAAGUGAUUUUCAACAAAGUCCAACUUUAAAACGUAGAAAAUCUAAACGUGAAAAAUCUCCAGCAGACAUGAAAAGUUCUCCUAAAGACUAUGGAGAUGGACAUUCUGACAGUGCUCCUGAUAAUAGUGCUAGAGCUGUAAGACAAAGUAAACGUAAAACUAAAAAGAAACGUGUUGAGCCAGAAGGUGAUAUCAAUGCAUCAUAUGAUGACCCUAAUUCAGAACCACACAGGUUUUUCCUUAACCAGGAACAUUUAACAGUACCAAACCCAAUUGCUCAGAUUUCUGAUCCACAGCAAGUCGGUGAGAGACGACGGUAUCAUUCGGAAAGUGGCCUCAUUGAUACACACAUUGGUACCCCAAUUGGUACCCCAAUGCAACAAAAGUUUCCAAUACGAAGAGUACAACCAACUACUGAAAGACCUGAAGGCUCACUCGAUAUUGGUGUCAUAGCAGACAGUUAUAUGUAGUCAGAUGAAAUAUUAUGUCUUAUUUUAGGAAGCUGGAUUUCUUUACCACAGAAAAUAAGAACUUUGUGAAGUGUUUUUACAAGUCUGGAACAAAUAUAAUUAUUUUAUUCAUUUAGUGUUGUUUUCAGAAAACUUUGGAAUAUCCAGAGUCAAAAUAUUUCAAAGCCAAAUAAACUAGUCAAGUCUGAUAUUACAAACAAUCUAUUAUCAAACAGUUACAGAAAUUUUGACAGCAAAUACAUACAUGUUUUGGUAAUUUAAAAUCUACCAUUUCAAAAUUAUGCUGAAAUCAGUAAUACAUCAUUUCCUGAUCAUCUUAUUGCAUGUAUUAUAAUGUUUUAUAACACUGUACAUCAUCAGGUCAUGUUUAGUUUUAGGAGCAUAUAAAUAAACAUUUUUAAACUUUAGCCUGCUAGCGGCAAGUGAUUCUGCCUUUGUGAUCAGUGCAGACGAAGAUCAGCCUGCACGUACAUGUACUAUUCAGUCAGUAAAUUUUCAGUGAACACCCCUUUGAUUAAGAAAUGCUAGUGCCCAAAUUGAAUGAUGAACUAGUCCAUUAUAGUAAUGAAGCAGGAUAAAGGUUAAACAUGGUUAAUGAGUAGUGCUCCGGAUACAAAUUAUGAUGGAUUUAUUACUGUGUGACGAUACUUCACCGCAAGUAAGACAAAUAGAAGCCUAGAAAUUGGUUUGUUUUUAAUAUAUGUAUUUUUAUAUUUUGAGGUUUUCUAGUCUUUCUGACAGCACGAAUCAUGCCUGAAUAUGUUCACAGCAAGAUUUUUCACUUAAAUGAAUAAACUAGCUGUGUAUUGGGGAGGUUAAGACUUCAAUGUAUACAUAUGUACAUUAUAGUUAAAAAUUAACUGCUGCACUACAGGUAAAUAAACAUGAUUUAGAAAUGAGAUAAUUUUUUCACCAAGCCAAAUGUUCUUAAUUUUGCAAUGCUGAGGUGUUUCUCGGAACAAAUAAGUAAUAUUUAAGCUUAUCUGUUGACAUACAAGUAUGCAAGUGUUCCUGUACUCGUGCAAAUACAAAGACAUUUUUGUUCACAUGCAAGUUUGAAAAAGUACCUGUACUUGUGCAAGUAUGAAAACAUAUUUAAGUUUGAACUCUCAACCUCCCUAAUAAUGUGUGAUUUUUGGUUUUGCUUUAAAAAAGAAAUAAAUUGAUAGUAUGC